AUGUCAAAUCUUUAUAAUAUUGGAUCCGAAACCAAAAAUAAGAUCAAAAAGUUUCGCAUAACUACAGCAAGAGCCGAUUCUAUUAAGGCCCUGUCAAUCAAAAUCGAGCCAAAGCCCUCCUAUGAGAUAAUUAUUGAUGAAGAUGAACAAGAGGAACUGGAAGAAUUAGAAGAUCUAAGCGAAUUAGCAGAAAUCCUGCCCGACAACUCACCUAGGUUUCUUCUUACYGCAUACCCGAUCACAACGAAAGACGGGAUUAAACAAACCCCUUUAAUUUUGAUCUAUUGGAAGCCAAUGACGGUCGUUUCACAAGAAUGGAAGAUGCUUUACGCGGGUGCAUUAGAAAUGGUCAGAAACGAGUGUGGUACUUUCAAAUUAGUUGAAGUUUCUUCUGGCCUAGAAGACGAUUCGGACUUGGAUGAAUUGAGAGAGCAGUUAGAGAGUUGUUGA